GAGGCUCCGGGGGUGGUUGUGAGGCUCUGGGGGUGGUUGUGAGGCUCCGGGGAUGGUUGUGAGGCUCCGAGGGGCAGUUGUGAGAGGCUGGUUGUUUGUUCUCCAAGGGCUUUUCUUCUCACCAGCUUUAGUUCAAAUCACACAUCAGGAGACUCUCAGGAGGCUCCCCUCACACUCACAGGAGGCUCCCCUCACACUCACAGGAGGAUCACCUCACACUCACAGGAGGAUCACCUCACACUCACAGGAGGCUCCCCUCACACUCACAGGAGGCUCCUCUCACACUCACAGGAAGCUCCCCUCAUACUCACAGGAGGAUCACCUCUAACAACUCAUAGGAGGAUCGCCUCACACUCACAGGAGGCUCCCCUCACACUCACAGGAGGAUCACCUCACACUCACAGGAGGAUCACCUCACACAGGAGGCUCACCUCACACUCACAGGAGGAUCACCUCACACUCAGAGAACACCUCUCUCUCACACAAGAGUCCUCACAUUCACAGAAGGCCUCACACAGGAAUUUCACAUGUACUGGAGAAUUUACACCCACACAACACCUCAUACUGGAAGCCUCAUUCCCACAGGACAUCUCACAAACCCUGUGCUCAACACAGGAAAUUACACAGCAGACCCCACACUCACAGCACAUCUCUCUCACAAGUGCCCUCACAGAGCAACUCACACAGGGAGCCUGGGGAAGCUGCUUUCCUCAUUGACUGAUGCGAGCAUACCUGACAGGAGGAAGUCACUGAAAGAAAGAUGAGUUUAUUCUGGUUGGUAGUUCAGCAGUCAGGGAAGGCAUGAUAGGAGCUAGCCACAGGGCCUCCAUUCAGUCAGGAAGCAGAGAGCAGUGAUGUAGCCACAGGGCCUCCAUUCAGUCAGGAAGCAGAGAGCAGUGAUGUAGCCACAGGGCCUCCAUUCAGUCAGGAAGCAGAGAGUGGUGAUGCCGAUGCUCAGCUCACUUUCUCCUUUUAUUCAGACCAGAACUCCCGUGGAAUGACACCUCCCACAUUUGGAGGUCCAGGCCAGAGCUGGAGAAAGCAGGAUCAGGAUCAGAGUGCAGGUGUUCUCACUUGGGAGAGGCAACUGUGUGUCACUUACAUGUCUCUAGAAAGGGCAUAGAGAAACAUCAACCUUAGAUAAGCCCUCCUCCGCUCCAGAGGAACGAGAUCUUCCCAAGCCCCACACAGAUGCUCAGGUCAGGAGCCCCACCCAUAGCUCCUGAGCUCCCUCCAUGACACUAUGUGCUACUUCUCAUGAAUGUGCCUCACAUGGCUUCUUCUUCCCUCUCAGAAGCAGUUCUGGAUUAUUUACAGUGAUGGGGACCAGUGUGCCUCGAAUCCAUGUCAGAACGGGGGCUCCUGCCAGGAUCACGUCAAGUCUUACGUCUGCUUCUGCCUCCCAGACUUUGAGGGUCGGAACUGCGAGAAAAACAAGAAUGAGCAGCUGAUCUGUGCAAAUGAGAACGGUGACUGUGACCAGUACUGCAGGGACCAUGUAGGGACCAAGCGCAGCUGUAGCUGUCACGAGGACUACGAGCUGCAGCCAGAUGAGGUGUCCUGCAAACCAAAAGUUGAGUAUCCAUGUGGGAGAAUGCCUGUUGUAGAAAACAGAAACUCCAGCAGCCGCCAAGGACGGAUUGUGGGGGGCUAUGUGUGCCCCAAAGGGGAGUGUCCGUGGCAGGCUGUGCUGAAAAUCAAUGGGCUAUUGCUGUGUGGGGCCGUCCUGGUGGACACCAGAUGGAUAGUGACCGCAGCCCACUGCUUCGAUAACAUCCGGAGCUGGGGAAACAUCACGGUGGUGAUGGGUGAACAUGACUUCAGUGAAAAGGAUGGGAAUGAGCAAGUACGACGGGUGAUACAGGUCAUCAUGCCUGACAAGUACACCCGAGGCAAGAUCGACCAUGACAUUGCCCUGCUCCGCCUUCACCGGCCUGUGACCUUCACUGACUACGUGGUGCCCCUGUGCCUGCCUGAAAAGACCUUCUCCGAGAACACCCUAGCCAGAAUCCGUUUCUCAAGGGUCAGUGGCUGGGGCCAGCUACUGGACCGUGGUGCCACAGCCCUGGAACUCAUGUCCAUUGAGGUGCCCCGGCUGAUGACCCAGGACUGCCUGGAGCAUGCCAAGCACAGUCCUAACACCCCCCAAAUCACAGAGAACAUGUUCUGUGCCGGCUACAUGGACGGUACCAAGGACGCCUGCAAAGGUGACAGCGGUGGCCCACACGCCACACACUACCAUGGCACAUGGUAUCUGACAGGUGUGGUCAGCUGGGGGGAGGGCUGUGCAGCUAUUGGCCACAUUGGGGUGUACACCAGGGUCUCCCAGUACACAGACUGGCUGGCCAGACUCAUGGACUCCAAGCUCCAGGUCGGGAUUUAUCGACUCCCGCUACUGUAGCUCCUUGGACCACCCAACCCGUCCUAAGAAGGAAGCUGCGGCCUGUGAAGCUGUUCUAUUGACUUUCCUGCUAUUCUUUGUGUGAGGGAGGAGAAUGAGAGAGAGACAGAGAGACUGGGGCGGUGGGUAGAGAGGGAGAGAGAGAAGAAAGCAGAGGGGGGAGGUAAAUGAGAGGCUGGGAGAGGGGGGACGGAAAGAGGGGCCGGGGAAGAGUUUGAGUUAGAGACUCACUCAGAGGGGCUGGGCAGUGCAGUCACGGACACGGACAGGCAGCUGAGGGGCAGGAUGUCUCUGAGAGAGGCAAGGCUCAGGCCUUGCUUCUGUCCCCCCUGCCCCAGCUGCCUCCUGUCUGCAUGCAUUCGGUCUGCAGUGCUACACAGUAGGUAUGCUCACGUGCACACAGGACAUGUGAAUGUGCGUACAUGUGUGUACAUGUGCGUGCGCGUGUGUGCACGCGUGCUGUGUACAUCAUUGGCACCGUUGUUCACUUGUGUUUCCUGUGAGCGCCCUGUCUCUGUUUCAAUGAAAUGAGAAACAUCA